AUGGCGCCGUUCUCGCCGUCGAAGAAGAAGAAAUCCGCCAAGGCGGCCGCGGGCGUCGCGGAUGCGCCCGCCGGGCCGGCCGUCGUGCCGUGGAGCCAGAUGAAGACGGACUUGCUCCGCGGCACCGUGCGCCUCACGGAGCAGCUCGACGUUCUGGACACCACCGCGGUCGCGUGGCCGGGCGUCAACGACGCGGUCUUGUACAUCCGCGAUAAGAUCGAGGUCGCGUUCGCGCGCGCGGACGCGAACGAAGCCACCAUCGCGCCGUUGAAAUCGCGCGUCGCGCGGCUGGAGGAUGACUUGCGUCAAGCGCGCGGCGACGUCGCGGAGAUGCGCGGCCUCCGAUUGGACGACGAGGCCGAGAUCAAGGGCCUGCGCGAAGACCUCGAAGAGCGCACGCGCGGGUUCGAGAUCGAGUGCGAGGAGAAGGAGGAGCGGAUCAAGGAGAGGGACGAGCUCGCGACGCAGCUCGAGUUUCUCGAGGCUGAGCUCGACGGCGUGCGCGCCGCGGAGGCGGAGUUGCGCGCGGAGGUGAAGGCGAAGACGGAGGAACUGAAGGACCUGACGGCGUCGCGCGACGACAGCGACGACGAGGUGCGGAGGCUGAAGGACAUGAGCAACACGCAGGCGAUCGAGGCGGCGAAGAUGCGCGUGCAGCUGGAGGAUCUGCGCGGGAAUUACGCCAAGGUGAGCGCGGACGCGAUGAAGUUUCGGCUCCAAGCGGAGACGCUCGAGGGGAACAACGGGCGGCUGCAAGCGAAGACGACCGCGGCGAUCGACGAGGCGGAGAAGCUCCGGAAGUGGCACGACUGGGCGAAAGCCUCCGAGGUGGUGUCUCUGCAGGGCGAACUCGACGUCGUGAAGCAAGAGAGGGACAUGCUGCAGAGGGAUUUGCAGUCGAGACUCGCGGAGAGUCGGAGGCUGACGACGCAAAACGAGGAGUGGGCGAAAGACGUCAAGGCGCUGCGAAGCGACGUGUUCGCGCGCGAGGGGAAACUCGGGCGGUGCGAGGCUGAGCUCGCGGCGUUGAACCGGAGCUUGAAGCAGAGCGAGACGGAGCUCAUGGUGGCGAAGGAGCAGAGCGAGCGCAGGGCGGAGGACACCGCCAAGGCGGCGCUCGACGCGGUGAAGUUAAGGGCGAAAUUCGAGGAGGAAAAACUGAGGCAACAGGCGACGUUGCUGUCGAUACGGUCGGGGCAUCAGAAAGAGAUGCACGAGGCGAAGGAUACGCACGCGAUGGAGAUGAUGGCCGCGCGGAAGGACGCGCAGGCGGCGUGGACGCUCGCGCGAGAGCUCGAGGCGAAGGUUUUAGUGCAGAGCGGAAUGCUCUCGAAGAACCAAAAGGAUCACGUGCGCGCGAUGCGCAUCGGGCAGCGGAUCACGGACCACAAGGCUGAGGAGCUCGAGAGGGCGAAGGCGGAGAUGGACGCGAUCAAAAAGGGGAGCGCGAAGUACGAGAAGAUGUUCCGUCCCGCGCAGGAUAGGGACCUUCCGGAGCGAUGGAAGAAUGAGCGGUUGGAGAGCAUGAUGGCGCAGACGCGUUCGGAGGUGGGCAUGCCGGGGGCGCCGAAAACGCCUGGUUAA